AGCCAUAAUUUCUUUCAUUCAUUUCAACCCUUACCGACCCUACUCUAUCUCCCUACUUUCUCUUUUUUGGGACACAUUUUUCUUCCUUAAAUGGACCCCACUCCCCCUCUCCCUCCACGUACUUUCCUCUUUAUAUAGUCCUUCUCUCCUUAGGCCCCCAUCAAAGUAAGAAUCAGUUUGAGAGAGAUAUGGGAAAUUACAAGUUUAGCCUGUCUGAUAUACUACCAAAUGCUCUGUUCUACAAGCUUAAGAACAUGGGCAAAAAAAGCAGAAUGAAUCAUACCACUCAAACGGCGCCGUCUUCUUCACUGCCCGCCUCAGGCAGAGUCACCGGCGGCCAGCCCCAGAGAAAAUCCUACCACUUUCCGAGGGACCCGAACGGUCCUCAGGCGUUCGAUCCGCCGAGGAAGUCCGCCAAGAAGCGGAGGAGCACCCACCGGAGGAGCAGCCGGACGGCGACUCCUAGGCUGCUUCCGCCUUCCUCCGCCACUUGCAGCUUCCGGCCGUCGACUGAGUCCGUCUGGACGAUUAAGCCGGCCGAUUCCACCCCGGAAGAUUUCCCGAAUUCUCCCCUCGACAGCACCUCCUCCUCCUCCUCCUCCGGGAAAGAUUCCCUCCUGCCGGAACUCGUCUCCCGGCCCGCCACUGCGCCGCCGGAGAAGUUCGACGGGCUAACCGUCUCGAAAAUCGACCUCCCUCCCAUCAUCACAAAGCCCGUCCGCAAUUCCGGCGAGAAGCUAAAAAAGAACUCCGGCGGCGGGGGCAGGGCGAAGAACACGGCAUGCCCUGCCCAUCGCCGAAUCUCCGGGAACUCGCCGGCGGGGCUGAAGCUGAGAACGAACUCUCCGAGAAUCGGGCACCGGAGAAUGCAGGGGAGGAGAAGCGUGUCGUCGGGAAAGAGCGGGGUGCCAGAAAGCUUCGCCGUCGUGAAAUCAUCAAAGGACCCAAAGAGGGAUUUCAGAGAAUCAAUGGUGGAGAUGAUAGUGGAGAACAACAUAAAGGGAUCAAAGGAAUUGGAGAAUCUUCUGGCUUGCUAUCUGUCCAUGAAUUCCAAUGAGUACCAUGAUUUGAUCAUAGAGGUUUUCAAACAAAUCUGGUUUGAUAUUGGCAAUGCUGUUAGGUUGAAGUAGUUCAUUAAUUUUUGCAUUUCUAGUGUAAUGUGUAAAUUGUCCAUUAUUAUUACCAGUAAUUUUGAUUUCUCUUAUAAAUGGUAAUACUCCCU